AUGCUACAAUUCAAACGUGGAGGGAGUGCUACAAAUAUACCAUGCGAGUUCGAUGGACAAAUCUGGUAUGCAGUCGUAAAUGAGAUGGUGAGUAGUAGUGCGAGGAACGAUGCUAAUCGCGGUAUUGUUCGUGAACGUAGUACAAGAGGUGAAUUGUCGCAUUGGACCGAUUGUUCAGGCUCGGUGUGCUUGUAUUGUUUAUCUUGUUGA